GACACGCUGCCUGGCUCCAGUGCUCUGUCCUGGUGGCUCCGGACCCACCCCCUGCGCGGACUCUUGCGGGGCCGGAAGCCGCUGGCGGGGGCAGGUGCAGCCAGGAACAGCACGCGCAGAUGCAGAUCUGUGGGACCAGAAUAGCCUCUGUAGCAGCUGAAGUCAUUCUAGGCUCUGGCCCGGUGUCUUGGCAGCAAUUUGAUAUGAAGUUGGCAGCCAGGAUGCUGUGGGGCAGCCUCAGCCUGCUCCGCCUGGUGUGGUGUCUCCUUCCACAGACAGGCUACGUGCACCCAGAUGAGUUCUUCCAGUCUCCUGAGGUCAUGGCAGAGGAUGUCCUGGGCAUAGAGGCUGCACGGCCCUGGGAGUUUCAGCCCAGCAGCCCCUGCCGCACAGUUGUCUUCCCACUGCUGACCUCUGGCUGUGCCUUCUGGCUGCUCAGGCUCUGGGAAGAGUGGGGGCCGUGGCCUGGCCCAGUGAGUGGCUAUGUGCUGCUGGUGGGGCCCCGGCUCCUCCUCACCACCCUCUCCUUUGCCCUGGACGUGGCCGUGUACCACCUGGCCCCACGCUGGGGGGCGGAGCGCUGGAGCGCCCUGGUCCUGCUAUCUGGUUCCUACGUCACCCUGGUCUUUUACACAAGGACCUUCUCCAAUGCCAUCGAGGGACUGCUUUUUGCGUGGCUGCUGGUGCUGGUAUCCCCCCGUGUAGCCUGGAGCCCCACACCUGAGAAGCCUGCUCCAGGCCCGUGGUGGCGCAGCUGGCUUCUUGGGGGCAUCGUGGCUGCUGGCUUCUUCAACCGGCCCACCUUUCUGGCCUUUGCUCUGGUCCCCCUCUUCCUCUGGGGUACUUACGGACCCACAAACCCCAGCUUCAGGUCGCUGACCAAGGAAGCCCUGGUGCUGCUCCCAGGGGCGGCCCUCACGGCAGCAGUGUUUGUGGCUGUGGACAGCUGGUAUUUCUCCAGUCCAUCGAGACCCAGAACCCUGGUCCUUACACCUGCCAACUUCCUGCGUUACAACCUGGACCCUGCAAACCUGGCGAGGCAUGGCACACACAUGCAGCUCACUCACCUGGCAGUCAACGGCUUCCUGCUCUUUGGGGUGCUGCACGCCCAUGCCCUGCAGGCUGCGUGGCGACAGCUGCGAGCCUGCCUCCAGGCCUUCGCAAGGGUGGGCUUCCUAAGAGCACUGGAUGCCUGGUGCCUGCAGGACAGGUCUCACCUCCUGCUCAUCUACUUCACACCCCUGGCCCUGCUGUCUGCCUUUAGCCACCAGGAGGCUCGGUUCCUGAUUCCCCUCCUGGUCCCCCUGGUCCUGCUUUGUAGUCCACAGACCCAGCCUGCACCCUGCAAGGGCACCCUCGCUCUCUUCAAUGCCCUAGGGGCCCUCUUCUUCGGCUGCCUGCACCAGGGCGGCCUCGUGCCUGGCCUGGGGCACCUGGAGCGGGUGGUUCAUGCCCCUGUGCUCCCGCAUGUGUCCACCCGCUACACACUCCUCUUCACCCACACCUACAUGCCCCCCCGGCACCUCCUCCACCUCCCUGGGCUGGGGUCACCAGUGGAGGUGGUGGACAUGGCUGGCAGUGAGGACUGGCUCCUGUGUCAAGCCCUGAACAACUUCACCAGACAACCAGCCUGCCAGGUGGCGGGUGGGCCAUGGCUCUGCCGCCUUUUUGUGGUGACCCCUGGCACCACCAGGCCUGCGGUGAAGAAGUGCAGCUUCCCCCUCAAGAGUGAGGCGCUCAUCUUUCCCCACUUGACCCUGGAAGACCCACCAGCCCUGUCCUCCCUGCUGAGUGGGGCUUGGAGGGAACAUCUGAGCCUUCACAUCCUGGAGCUCGGGGAGCAGCCUGACAAUAUGACAGCAGAUCCACUGCCUGGGACUCAGCCAUAGGUAAAGGCGUCCCUCCACCUGCUACCUGGGUGGCUGGGCUAGGACAGAGCCCUGAUUCUCCUCCUUUCCUUUCCCUUCCAGAAUUCCCACCAUUGCCUCUCCUAUGCACAGCCUCUGACCACUCAGCCUUCUGGGGAAACUGAUACCCCAUUUCCCUCAAAGACCAAAGAGAGGACCAGUCACAGUCCUGAUGCCAAGGGCCCCAAAGAACCUGGUAUAAUCAAUGAUGCCAAAUGUCUGUUCCUGCCCUACCCCUUCCAGCCACUGUGAUGUUGAAAUACGUAAAUAGCACCUGGUUGUGAAAGGAGACAGCAAUCUCCUAAUGACGUCCUGAAUGACUUCUCCUAGCCCCUCUAGGAUGCCUUAGCUCUUGCUGUCAUGACAGCCUUUUGGCCUCUUUCUCUUGGAAGGAGGCAGCAUGGUGAUGUAGAGAGCGGGGGACCUGGUUGCAGGCCCUGGUCUGCUCUUGCUGGCUACAUGGUAAGACAGCCCCUUCCCCUCAUCCAGCCUCAGUUUUCAUCUCUACAGUGGAUCAGAGGGUCUUUGAGGUGUCUGCCCCCCAACACUGUGUUGUUCCUGGGCCUGCAGCGCACAUCCCCUGGCUAGAUGGGCAUGUCUCUCCCAAAGCUCUAAGCAGAGAAGUGGGUGUGGUGUAUCUAACUGCACUUCGGUGCCUGCUGUCUCAGUACUUAUUACCAAAAUGAGUAGUUCUGGAACACCCCUGGCCCCCCACUCCUGCAACUCUCUUCUUACUCGUGUCCCAGAAAGAGGUGGUAGGACAUUUCUGCAUCUCCUUUGGGGAUCAGGGAGCCCAGAUGUUCUCCCUCCUGGGUUGGCCCCAGUGGGAAUGAAGACAUAAGGCUCAGUAUCUGGUGGUGCUUGAGCACAAACCUUAAACGUGGUCUGGUCCCUCUCCAAGCCCCCAGCUCCUGUCUGAAGCCCCUUCACAGGACGGAGAGCGAAGUCCAUACCAAAUCCACGCCUGCUGCCCUGGUAGAAGCCAUCACACCUGGGCACAUCGCUCCCCACAACACAGCCCGCUGGGAAUGUGAGAAGUGGUGGCACUAAGCUUGUCCUCGUUCUCCCGCCAUCUCAUGAGAACAAGAGACAACCAGGCCGAGAGCAGGACGCUGGAGGAGCACAGGCAGGAGACACACUUGUGCAAGUGACCAAACCUGAGUGCUUUUCUAGGCCUGCCCUCUGCUAGCUAAAGUCUUGGGUCAUCUUAAAGGCCCUCCUAGGCAGGCUGCUCUGCAGCUGCUGCUAGGGUUCUAGCGCCACACCUUCCUUGGGACUCCAAGGGAAAGAAAGUCAGUGUCAUGCUGGUCAGUGUUCUCUGGGGGCAAAACAGCCCUGAUCUGCAGCGUUUGUGAUUUCUGUGGUGUAACACGCUCACCAUGGCCAAUUGUUAACUACUAAAAUGAUGUUACUGAA